AUGUCCUCCUCCCAGGCAGUCAAAGAUACAGCCAAAAAAUUGGUUAAUUUACUGGAGAAAUGUCCAAAGGAUCGUAUACCCCAUUUGGUCUCAUUCAAAGAUGUACAGAUGGCAAGAUUUAGACGUGUAGCGGGCUUGCCAAAUGUUGAUGAUAAGGGAAAAUCUAUAAAAGAGAGAAAGCCAUCAUUAGAUGAAAUAAAGAGUAUUAUCAAUAGAACUUCAGGACCUCUAGGGCUCAGUAAAGAGAUGUUAGCAAAAAUUCAAAAUAAAGUAGUUGAUGAAAAGUUCACUGAAGAAAGUAUCAACGAGCAAGUUCGUGCUUUGAGCACUAUAAUGAGUAAUAAAUUCAGGAAUUAUUAUGAUGUUGGCGAUAAGCUUUAUAAACCUGCAGGAAAUCCUUACUACUACCAACGGUUGAUAGAUGCCGUCGAUGGUAAGAAAAAGGAGAACUUUUUCACUGCAAUGAGGACUGUGAUAUUUGGUAAAUAG